AUGGAUCCUACACCAAACAACAACGACCAGGUCCCCAAGCCGGAUGCUGAAGAGAAGAAGGAUGAGAAAAAUGAGCAAUCCCAAAAUGAAACAACGGCACCCAACCCAGUUAUCAGCGACGUCAAUAAGAGCGACAACGAAGACAACGAGAACCAGAGCGUCAAUGACAACGAGGAAGGUGAUAACAAAGAUGGAGACAAUCAGAACCAAGUAAACAACAACGCCGAGAAGGAUGAUGACGAUGACGAUGACGAUGAUGAUGACGACGACGACGACAACUCGGAGAACGAUUCCGAACAAGAAGAUCAAGAUGAAGAGGAGGCAGACGGCCACAACGCAAGCCGCACCGUCGCCGUUGAGGAGUCUCCCUCAGAAUCUCAGCCGUCCACACCCAAGGGUGACGAGGCUCCGCAGCCCAAGUUCAUGCGCGACGAAAAGAAGAACAAGAAGAAGAGCCGCAACCAGGAGGUCGCUGAGAAGCCUCGUCGUCGUCGUCGCCCGCGCUUCGCCGACGAAGAAGAUUCCGAGGAAGAGCCAAUGUCGUACCGCCAGAGACAAGCGCUGCAGCAACAGCACCAGCAAAACCAGAUGAUGUUGAUGCAGCAACAGCAGCAGAUGCAGCAAGGCGGUGGUGGUGAUGGAGGCAAGAACCCGCUCAAGUUGAGGUUGGAUUUGAACCUCGAGAUCGAGAUUGAGCUGAAGGCGCACAUCCACGGUGAUUUGACGCUUGCUUUGCUGGACGGUUAA